UACAUUAAUCCUCUGUAGUGGAUAUAAACAAACUUCAUAGCAACUUCAAGUGCACACCGCUAAAUUAGUUUCAGAAACAUAAAACGUGCAUUUGCAAGACAAGAACUAUGGCAUUCUUUGGCAUAACCCAAUUGGGUUAUCAGAAUACAAUCCGUGAAGGGACGAUCCAAGCCAAAAUGGAUCCAAUUCGCUCAAAAACCCAAAUUGGAUUUGUAGCCCUUCCUCCCCUGAAGGAAAAAAAUCCCCCUAGACGAUCUAUUGUUCCCAUCGAUCAGGUUUCAGGUUAUGGCCCUGGACCACAAGGUUCAUAUGGGGAAUACACAAGGAUGAGGACAAAGCAUAUCAGAAAUCCCAAAGAGCCCUUUGAGAUUUACAGAUUCCCCCUUCACACAUCUAGAGAGGUAGGAUGGUGGACAAAGGAGGCCCCACUGAAGAAAAACCAGCCCUGGACAUAUGUUCCCCGCCAUGUUCAUGUCAACAGUGAAAUGACAAGAUUUGUGAAUGAAAUGAGCCUUACCAACAGGGAGUUUACCUUGUUUUAAUAUUUCUGUCAUAUAGUUAUGAAAAUUUACAUCGAGCCAAAGUAAAGUGGAAUAAAUGUCUGAGGAAUACAUGGAUAAUAGUAGACAAGAUCUGAUUCAAGACUUUUAUAACAAAUUUAAUAUUUUGUUCUCUACUGACCUUCAGUUAUUGCACUAUGUGCAGUCAAUUUACCAUAAAAAAAGCAAUUACUUAAUCAUUGUUCCAUAUACCAAACACUAAUAUUUUUGCACCUUUACUUGUAAUCUUUUUACUUGGAAGCAUUUGAAACACUAUAUCUAAUGAUUUACACAAUAUGCAUAUUAUACACAUUUGAAUGUUAUUUAUACAGUAUGUAUUGUAUAAAUCAGAGAUGAACAUAUGAUUAAUACUUGUCAAUUUAUCUAUACAAUUAUUACCUGGUA